AUGAGCAGCAGCAGCAGCUGCAGCAGCAGCAGCGGUGCUGCUGCUGCUGUGCUUCAGCAGGAAGACCCUCAGCAGCAGCAGCAGCAGCAGCAGAGGGAGCUGUGUCUGUUGCUCAGCGCAGCAGCAGCACCUCCUGCUGCUGCAGCAUUGGUGCCUGCUGCAGCUGAUGAGGCCCCUGCAGCAGCAAGUGCUGAGGCACCCGUUGCUGCUGCUGCUGCUGCUGCUGCUCCAGCUGCUCAGCCGCCACUUUCUGCAGCAGCACCAGAUGUUAGUGCUCCCGAUGCUGCAGCAGCUGCUGCAGCAGCUGCUGCAGCAGCUGCUGCAGCCCCUGCUGCUUCCAGUGAAGGCCGUGCUGCAGAUGCUGCUUCUUUAGCAGCUGCUGCCCGUGCUGCAGCAGCAGCAGCUGCUGCUGCUGCUCCGCUUGAUGGCUCUGGUGGCAGUGAAGCUGCUGCUGCGCAGCAGCUUGAGCUUUCUUCGCCCUCUGCUGUGCAGCAGCAGCCGGCAGCCGACCGAGCAGCAGCAGCAGCAGCAGCAGCAGCAGCAGCAGCAGCAGAAGCGACGGGGAGAGGGGCAGUAGGAGCAGCUGCUGCGCCGACCGCUGCGAGCAGCAGCGACAGCAACAAUAUCAGCAGCAGCAGCACCGCCAACAACAACAGCAGCAGCAGCAGCAGCAGUAGCAGCAGCAGCAGCAGUAGCAGCAGCAGCAGCAGUAGCAGCAGCAGCAGCAGCAGCAGCAGCAGCAGCAGCGACCCUGUGUUUGUGGGGGACCGCUGCUUCUUUCUUUUGUCUCCAAAUGGAGUUGUCUCUUCUGUUGCAGGCAUAGAGAAUUUGCCUCCGCCUCCCGUCUAUCCCGUAAACCCUAAACCCUAA